AGGCGGCCAGGGCGCUGAGGCCGCAGAGCGCGGAGGUGGCAGCGGGCGGCCCUUCCCUUCCUGGCGGAGCUCUGGCCCUGGGCCCCCUCCCCUUCCGCGGCUUCCCCUCCCCGCCCCACGGCGCUGCAGCGUGUGCGCUCCCUGCGCGCAGGCCACACCCGGGCGUCCUGCGGCCUCGGGCGCGAGUUGACGAACUGCGCCCGGAACCUUCCGGGAAGCCCGACCCGGCGCGGACGGUCCCGAGUGCGAGUGCCUGGGCCCGGGAGCCCUGCGCACAGCGGCGGAGAGCGAGUCCGGGCGAGGAUUCGGACACAGACUGCGCGUCCCUGAGUGCCGGCGCCGGCUCCUCCAGCUCCGCAAAUGUUCACACUCCCUCAGAAGGACUCCGGGACACCUACCACCUCUCUGGGUUCAGUCUCCCAACAGGGCCUGCACAGUAACCAUGGGGAUGGUCUGGAAGGAGAAUGCUCCAGAAAACCAGACCAGAAGCCGCUGAAGCUCUAUGGAGUGGGUGAUCCCACCGCCAUGUUCUCCUCCGACAGCCCCUACCUGUCCUCUAGAGGAAGCGUCAUUAAAUGGUUCUGGGAUUCAGCAGAGGAGGGCUACAGGACCUACCACAUGGAUGAGUAUGAUGAGGAUAAGAACCCCAGUGGCAUCAUUAACUUGGGCACCAGUGAGAACAAACUCUGCUUUGACCUGCUGUCCAGGCGGCUGAGUCAGAGCGACAUGCUGCGGCUGGAGCCGUCCCUGCUGCAGUACCCUGACUGGAGGGGACAUCUGUUCCUCCGGGAGGAAGUGGCCAGGUUCCUGUCUUUCUACUGCAGGAGCCCCACACCCCUUAAACCAGAGAAUGUGGUGGUUCUGAAUGGCUGUGCCUCUCUCUUCUCCGCUCUGGCCACGGUACUGUGUGAGGCGGGGGAGGCUUUCCUGAUCCCUGCCCCUUACUACGGAGCCAUCACGCAGCAUGUGUAUCUCUAUGGCAACGUCCGACUGGUCUGUGUCUAUCUGGACAGUGAGGUCACUGGGCUGGAGACACGCCCCUUCCAGCUCACAGUGGAGAAGCUCGAGAUGGCGCUGGAAGGAGCUAAUUCUGAGGGUGUGAAGGUCAAAGGCCUCAUCCUCAUCAACCCCCAGAACCCUCUGGGUGACGUCUAUUCCCCAGGAGAGCUGCAGGAGUACCUGGAGUUUGCCAAGAGGCACGAGCUGCACGUGAUGGUGGAUGAGGUCUACAUGCUGUCCGUGUUUGAGGAGUCGGUUGGGUACCACAGUGUCCUGAGCCUGGAAAGGCUGCCUGACCCCCAGAGGACCCACGUGAUGUGGGCGACCAGCAAGGACUUCGGGAUGUCUGGGCUCCGCUUUGGCACACUGUACACAGAAAACCAGGACGUGGCCACUGCGGUAUCCUCCCUCUGCCGCUAUCACGGCCUCAGUGGCUUGGUCCAGUAUCAGAUGGCACAGCUGCUCCGGGACCGUGACUGGAUCAACCAAGUGUACCUGCCGGAAAACCAUGCCCGGCUCAAGGCUGCUCACAUCUAUGUCUCGGAAGAGCUCCGGGCCCUGGGGAUCCCCUUCUUGAGCCGUGGGGCCGGCUUCUUCAUCUGGGUCGACUUGAGGAAGUACCUGCCCGCGGCCACCUUUGAGGAGGAGAUGCUGCUCUGGCGCCGCUUUUUGGAUAACAAGGUGCUGCUGUCCUUUGGCCAAGCCUUCGAGUGCAAAGAGCCUGGCUGGUUCCGCUUGGUUUUCUCUGACAAGACCCACCGGCUUCACCUGGGGAUGCAGAGGGUCCGGCGGGUGCUUGAGGGCAAAUCCCAGGUGGCAGAAGACGCACCUUCCUGCUAGACCUAGGAGCCGAGGGGUCCGCACAGGUGAGCCGGUCAUUGCCUUGUGGCCACGGGGCCUGGCAGCCACUGUGAAGACUGAUGGUGGAUGAGCCGUUUGCCAGGCAGAUACCCUUCUUGGCCUUGACCUUGAAGAAGAACUGCUCCUUGCUCUCCUGGUGGCAGCGAGACACGCCUUAAGUCAUGGUCCAUUCCCCUCCCCGGCUAUUAAACAAAACUGGGAAAAAGUAGAAGCCUCAGCUGUGAGUCAUUUACGGAACAGAGGAGGAGUCCUGACUGCUUCUCACCACAGCCCUCAGCCCCCCAGGACAGGAAAACAAACAACCUGUGCCUGCUUUUGUUGGUGCCUUCAUUCUUCUGUCUUUGUUGCUAGGGAAACAAGUCAAAGGAGCAACACACGGAAGAGAGAGU